AUGAAUAAUCAAAAUUUAAAGAGUAAACUUCAACAAUUCCGAUACAAUGACGAUGUUGUACUGCCAAAGAAAAGCAUCUCUAACCAAAUAUCCAAAGUAACCAAAGUUCACACUGUUAAAAAGAAGUUGAAGAGUGUUAAACCCCAGAAUGAGAUUGCAACGCGCUCCAGUUCAUCACAAUCAUAUCCUGAUUUGCAGCCUUCAUUAACUAAAGAUCAAAUAUUAUUGUUUGUAGGCUAUAAUCCUGGAGUUGAAUCAUCAGUACGACAACAUCAUUAUGCCCACUUCACCAAUUCCUUCUGGAAGUUGUUUAAUGAAUCUCAAUUAUUUAUUAAGGUUGUUAAUAGAAUUGAGCCUGAUUAUAUCGAUAAGAACAUCAAAGAAGAUGAAUUGUUAAAGGAUAUUAUGAAGGAUGGAAAGUCUUCAUUGAAACCUCAUCAUGACUUUGAUAUCAUCAAAUAUAAGAUUGGAUUUACUGAUUUGGUUUUACGAUGUACAAAAACUGCACAAGAGUUAUCUUUACAAGAGAAGCUUGAUAAUAUACCGCGAUUAAUUGAUGAAUUCAAUUAUAGUAAUACAAGUUAUAUUAUAUUGAUUGGGAAGGGAAUAUGGGAAAUGUUUAUCAAGUAUAUGACUAAUGAAUUAAAUAUUAAGAAAUUCAAGUUAACCAAGUUGAAUUUUACCUGGGGUGAACAAGAAAUCAAUCAAGGUGAAAGAUUGAUUGAAGAAGUUAGAAUGUAUAAUAUAAUAUUGAAGAACUUGAAGGCCAAGAUCGACAAUAAACAAGUUAAAAUAUUUGUAUUCCCUAAUACAUCAGGAUUAGUGACAAGUUUGAAGCAUCAUGAGAAAUUGGCGUUAUGGAAUGAUUUAGUGAGUGUGAUAUAA